UUUUCUCCACAGAAAUACUUACGUGACUGUUUUUAAUUUAUUGUGGUAUUAACAGCUCAUUUUCUUUUAGACGGGCCUGUGGGGUAUUUCUUUUCUGACGUAGUCAACGUUCCGUGUGGGAAUUGAUUUUCUUCGAUUGGCUAAAAGGACGAACAUGAUUUCAAUAAUUCAUCGAACCCACUGAAACGCGAUAUUCCCGAGGAAGAAAGAAAAGAGAAAAACAAGCCCGACAACCUUACGCCGAAUGAUGAUAGAGGAUGAGGUAUUAUCGCAGUGAAUGGCGGAACAAUGGCGACCCAUAAUCAAAGAGACAUUAACCUCGUCGCCAUUCGAAGAACUCCAGCUAUUACCAUGCGACGCCCCAAUUACUUUACGUGCUUGCUCUUGUCUUGGAUGUUCCUUCCGUCUUGCUUGAGCAGAGACACCAUUACAGUAGGCACACUCACAUACCCAGGUGGAACCACUCUCGUGUCCGCGGGCGAGCGGUUCGAGCUUGGCUUCUUCUCUCCGAAUGGGAGCUCUGAUUCCAGGAGCUAUGUCGGAAUAUGGUAUUAUGGAUCUGACCCUCCGAUCGUCGUCUGGGUCGCCAACCGAGACCACCCGCUUGUCGGCUCCAACGCGUCCUUUGGGCUCGUGGACGGCAAUCUGAAGUUGUGGAAUGAAGGACAAGCGAUCCAGUUGACCUAUGUCUCAAGCUCUUCGAACCGAUUAGUGAAACUUCUUGAUUCAGGGAAUCUGGUGCUGAUUGAAGACGACGGGAGAGAGACAUUUCUCUGGCAGAGCUUCGAUCAGCCGACCGACACAUUCCUUCCAGGGAUGCUGAUGACUGAAAACUUCAUGUUGACUUCUUGGGCAAGCCAGGAUGACCCAAGACGGGGGAACUUCAAGUUCCAAAUGGAUCAACAAGGCGGCAACAACAACAACUACGACGUGAUCCAAGACCCGUCUCCUUACUGGAAAAGUGGGGUCUACGGUAAGUUCAUACAAGCCGAUCAGAUGUUGGACGUCAUCUCUUUCUUGCUCUCCAAUUUUACAACCAGCGCCACCGCCACUUCGCCGCCAGCCGGGACUAGUCCGGCUUCGGCCUACAAAAACAUAACCUGGCCUUCAUUCAACAUGUACAACAACAGCCGGUUGGUUAUGAACUACAACGGCCGGAUUCAGUAUUUCAGGCGAGGAAAUGGGUCAAAGCCAGUCUGGUUCGAGCCGGCGAGCCGGUGCAGUGUCUUCAGCGUAUGCGGCAAGUUUGGGAGCUGCAAUGACAAGAAUGGCAAUAAGACUAUGUGCAGGUGCUUGCCAGGGUUCGAGCCGGAGCAGCCAGAUAAUUGGAACUCGGGGGACUUCUCUUUGGGGUGCCGCAGGAAGUCGUCAAUAUGUGUGAAGAACAGUGACGAUGGUGCUCAUGAUUUCUUGAGUUUGAAGAUGAUGAAAGCCGGGAGGCCGGACGUGCAGAUUCCGGUAGACAGCCAGGAGCAAUGCAGGCAAAAGUGCCUUGGUGCCUGUAAAUGCCAUGCCUACUCGUUCGGGGAGGAUCAGCACCCAAGGGCAGAGACGGGCACCUUGACGUGCUAUACUUGGUUGGACGAUCUCAACAAUAUUCAGGAGUUUGCCACAAAUGGUCGCGACCUCUAUGUCCGAGUUCCGAUAUCAGACAUAGAAUCUCCUAGGAGUUGUAAAACUUGCGGCACAAAUUUAGUCCCCUACCCUUUAAGCACUGGAUGGAGCUGUGGCGAUCCGUUAUACUCUGCAUUUAGCUGCGACAAUAAAACUGCCCAGCUUUAUUUUGAGCCGGGCAAAGGUCCCUACAGAGUCACUAGCAUCACUCCAGAAACUAGAACAUUUACUAUCCAAGUCGAGGAUGCAUUCAACUGCACAGGUAGUGGUUUGAUGGAAAUUAAGCAGCAACUUAACGAGUCCUCGCCAUUUAGUGUGAGUGAUGGGUGCAUCGGUGGAAAGAAUGACUUCAGCACAGGAGACUCUUUUGGUGUCGAAGUGAAAAUUGAGUGGAGCACUCCGAAAGAGCCACUCUGCAAUUCGUCCAAAGACUGCAAUUGGCUACACGCAACUUGCAAUAAUGCAUUAGAUGGAACGACAAGGUGCCUAUGCAACUCCGGAUUCAGUUGGAAUUCUUUCAGCGUCAAUUGUUCUCUAGUAAAUAACGUUGAAGGAGGAGGAUCAUUGCAGAAAGGACAGAAAGCGAAACCUGUAUAUAUAGUUGCUCCUGCCGUUGCUGCAAUUUUCAUCCUUGUAUUCGGUGGCUUAUUUUACAUGAGAAGGCAGCAUGGUAGUACGCAAGGGAGCAGGGAAAGCACUCAGGAAAAUCUUGCCUUUCGUCUAUACGACAGUGAGAAACAGAUCAAAAUGUGGAUGGAUUCACGCCAAUUCGAGGAAGAAGAUAAGAAAGGCAUAGAUGUGCCAUUUUUUGACUUAGAAAUUAUUUUACAAGCGACGAAUAACUUCUCGGACGAGAACAAACUUGGAAGAGGUGGGUUCGGGCCUGUUUACAAGGCUACUUUUCCAGGAGGACAGGAAAUUGCAGUAAAGAGGCUAUCGAGUGGAUCAGGACAGGGCUUAGAGGAAUUUAAGAAUGAAGUCGUCUUGAUUGCCAAACUACAACAUCGAAAUCUCGUCAGAUUAGUAGGAUAUUGCGUCAAAGGGGAUGAAAAAAUGUGUUCGUUGCUGACCUGGGAGAUACGUUUUGAGAUUAUAUUGGGAAUUGCACGAGGAAUGCUCUAUCUUCACCAAGAUUCUAGGCUGCGAAUUAUUCAUAGAGAUCUCAAGACGAGCAACGUUUUGCUCGAUGAGGAGAUGAUUCCUAAAAUUUCCGACUUUGGUCUGGCACGUAUAUUUGAGGCAAAACAAAUUGAAGCAAGCACGCAAAGGGUGAUUGGAACAUAUGGAUACAUGUCUCCGGAGUAUGCUUUGGAUGGAUUUUUCUCAUUCAAGUCCGAUGUUUUUAGCUUUGGUGUCGUCGUAUUGGAGAUUGUUAGUGGAAAACGUAACACAGGCUUCUAUCAGUCCGAAGGAACAAUGAGCCUUCUUACUCAUGCAUGGAAAUUAUGGAAUGACAAUAAAGCAUUGGACUUGAUGGAUCAAGUGCUGCACGAAACUUACAACAGAGAUCAAGUUUUGAAGUGCAUAAACGUGGCGCUUCUAUGCGUGCAAGAAGACCCGAGUGAUCGCCCCACGAUGUCAAAUGCGGUUUUCAUGCUCGGUAGUGAAAGUGCGACUCUUCCGGUUCCCAAAAAACCGGCUUUUGCAGUUAGGAUAGGCGUUUCUACAACAGCUUCUUCUUCCAGCAAACCAGAGUCGAGCACGGUGUUAUCGACUACUCUGCAACAAGGACGGAGGUUAGUCAAUAUUCACCUCAAGGAAAAGAAAGCCUGCUUUACAAACAAUAGAGAAUUGCCUGAUACCUUUGCUUUCGGUAAAACUCAUGCCGAGUUGCCGGCUGGAUCUAUGGGUCUACAUUUACUACGAGGGUUUCCUUCUUGGGUCGUGGGUUCUGAUCUUGACAUGAGAAAAGACACCAUAACAGUAGGCACAAUCACAUACCCGGGAGGAACCACUCUCGUGUCUGCAGGCAAACGGUUCGAGCUCGGCUUCUUCUCUCCGGAUGGGAUCUCCGACUCCAGGAGGUACAUUGGAAUAUGGUAUUAUGGGUCGGACCCUCCGAUCAUCGUCUGGGUCGCCAACCGGGACGACCCGCUUGUCAGCCCCACCGCGUCCUUUGGGCUCGUGGAUGGCAAUCUAAAGUUGUGCAAUGAAGGACAAGCGAUCCAGUUGACCCAUGUCGAGGGUUCAACCUCUUCGACCAGGUUAGCGAAGCUUCUUGAUUCAGGGAAUCUGGUGCUAAUUGAAGACGACGGAAGAGAGAGAAUUCUCUGGCAGAGCUUCGAUCACCCAACCGACACAUUCCUUCCAGGGAUGCUGAUGAGUGAAAACUUAAUGUUGACUUCUUGGGCAAGCCAGGAUGACCAACAGGGGAACUUCACGUUCCAAAUGGAUCAAGAAGGCGGCAGCAACAACUACGACGUGAUCCAAGAAUUGUCUCCCUACUGGAAAAGUGGGGUCUAUGGCAAGUUCAUACAAACCGAUCAGAUGUUGGACGUCAUCUCUUUCUUGCUCUCCAAUUUUACCACCGGCGCCACCACUACUUCGCCACCAGCCGGGACUAUUUCAACUUUGGCCUACAAAAACAUAACCCAGCCUUCGGACGACAACUACAACAACAGCCGGUUGGUUAUGAACUACGAUGGCCGGAUUCAGUACCUCAGGCAGGGAAAUGGGUCAAAGUUAGUCUGGUUCGAGUCAGCGAGCCAGUGCAGUGUGUUAAGUGCGUGCGGCAAGUUUGGGAGCUGCAAUGAUAAGAAUGGCAAUAAGACCAUGUGCAGGUGCUUGCCAGGGUUUGAGCCGACACAGCCAGAUAAUUGGAACUCGGGGGACUUUUCGGGGGGGUGCCUCAGGAAGUCAUCGAUAUGCGCAAAGAACAGCGACGAUAGUGCUCAUGAUUUCUUGAGUUUGAAGAUGAUGAGGGCCGGGAAGCCGGACGUGCAGAUUUCGGUAGACAGUGAGGAGCAAUGCAAGCAAAGGUGCCUUGAUGUCUGCAGUUGUCAGGCUUACUCGUUCGAGGAGGAUCUGCACCAAAGGGCAGAGAGGGCCACCUUGACGUGCUAUACAUGGUCCGACGAUCUCAACAAUAUUCAGGAGUUUGCCCAAGAUGGUCGCGACCUCUAUGUCCGAGUUCCGCUUUCAGACAUAGAAUCUACCAGGAGUUGUAAAACUUGCGGCACAAAUUUAAUCCCCUACCCUUUAAGCACUGGAUGGAGCUGUGGCGAUCCGCUAUACUCUGCAUUUAGCUGCAACAAUGAAACUGCGCAGCUUUACUUUAAACGGCCCCACGGUGGCUAUAGAGUCACUAGCGUCAAUCCGGAAGCUCGAACAUUUACCAUCCAAGUCAAGAAUGCAUCGGACUGCACAAAUAGCAGUCAAAUGGAAAUUAAUCUGCAGCUUAACCAGUCCUCGCCAUUUCAUGUGAGUAGCGGAUGUAGUGGAGGACAGAAUGACUUCAGCGCAGGAGAGUCUUUGGGAAGGGUCUGGUUGAGUGAAAUAAAAAUUGUGUGGAGCAAUCCAAAGGAGCCUAUCUGCAAUUCGUCCAAAGACUGCGAUUGGCUACAUGCAACUUGCAAGAAAGCGUCAGAUGGAAUAAAAAGGUGCCUCUGCAACUCAGGAUUCAGUUGGAACUCUUUCCAUGUCAAUUGUUCUCCAGGGAGCAGUGAAAGCACUCAGGAAAACCCUGACUUUCGUCUAUAUGAUAGAGAGAAGCGCAUCAAAAUAUGGAUAGAUUCAUGCCAAUUCGAGGAGGAGGAUAAAAAAGGCAUAGAUGUGCCAUUCUUUGAUUUAGAAAUUAUUCUACGAGCAACGAAUAAUUUAUCGGAUGAGAACAAACUUGGAAGAGGCGGGUUUGGGCCUGUUUACAAGGCAACAUUUCCUGGAGGACAGGAAAUUGCGGUAAAGAGGCUAUUGAGUGGCUCGGGACAGGGCUCGGAGGAAUUUAAGAAUGAGGUCGUCUUGAUUGCUAAACUUCAGCAUCGAAAUCUCGUUAGAUUAGUAGGAUAUUGUGUUAAAGGAGACGAAAAGAUGUUACUAUAUGAAUACAUGCCCAACAAAAGCUUAGAUUCAUUCAUAUUUGAUCGAACAAGGUGUUCCUUGCUGACUUGGGAGAUACGCUUUGAGAUUAUCUUGGGAAUUGCACGAGGAAUGCUCUAUAUGCACCAAGAUUCUAGGCUGCGAAUCAUUCACAGAGAUCUCAAGACAAGCAACAUUUUACUCAAUGAGGAGAUGACUCCUAAAAUUUCCGACUUUGGUCUGGCACGGAUAUUUGAGGCAAAACAAACUGAAGCAAGCACACAAAGGGUGAUUGGAACAUAUGGAUACAUGUCUCCGGAGUAUGCUUUAGAUGGAUAUUUUUCUUUCAAGUCCGAUGUUUUUAGCUUUGGCGUUGUCGUACUGGAGAUUGUCAGCGGGAGACGUAACACAUGCUUUUAUCACUCUGAAGGAACACUGAGCCUUCUCACUCAUGCGUGGGAAUUAUGGAAUGACAAUAAUGCAUUGGACUUGAUGGAUCAAGUGUUGCAUGAAACUUGCGACAGAGAUCAAGUUUUGAAAUGCAUAAAGGUCGCGCUUUUAUGCGUGCAAGAAAACCCCAGUGAUCGUCCCAUGAUGUCAAAUGCAGUUCUCAUGCUCGGUAGUGAAGCUGCGACUCUUCCAGCUCCGAAAAAACCGGCUUUUGCAGUUAGGGCAGGCGUCUCUACAACAGCUUCUCCUUCCAGCAAAUCGGAGUCAAAUGCAGUGUUAUCGACUUCUCUGGAACAAGGACGGUAAUGUUGGAUCUUCCUG